ACAACAUCUUGUCCUUUGCUCUUCUCUACUAGAGUACAGCACCCCAAGGAGUAUUGGAAAUUUGUAGGAAUGGAAGACAUGACAAUUCCGGGGAACCGAGAAGAAGUGGCGGCGUCACAACCACCGCCGCCGGGCCGGUGCCCUUGGCUGGUGUAUUACCACGGCAAAGGUUACAGAAAGCAGUCUUUCAGUUACGACAUAGCAGGACCCUCGCCGGUCAAGACACACAUCAAGAGCAUUCCAGUCUUGCGCGACAAAAAGAUUCUUUCUUGUGCUCACGGCCGCCUUGUUUUGUACGAUUACAACGCCAAAUCCCUGUCUCUGUGCAACUCGACCACAUUUGACAGUACCCUAAUCCUGCCUGAUUUGCAUCACCUAUGGAAUCACAAGAUCGACAGUUGUAUGUGUCCUCCUACUACUAACUACCGGAGGAGGGCUGUUGGCUUUGGUGGCAAAGUAUGUGCCCAGCUAGGUGCGGAUUGGCUUGAUGGCUUCUGCUACAGGAUGAUGUCGAUCGAGAUAGUUGAAGAAGAAGAAGAGGGAGCGGCAGAGUUUGGGCUCGUUCUGCGUACGGUGAACGGGCCUGCUGACAUGAGCUCUGGUUGCUUCACUCCUUACAUCAAUGUCUAUAUGUUGGAAUCCUGCAGGGAACUCUUCUUAAUACAUUUUUCAUCUGGAGCUGGGCAAAAAACAGAUCGUUCCGUAAACCCGCCGUCAACAACUUAACGGCGGCCCAAAACUCGCAAAGUUGGGAUUAUUUUUGAAAGACAGAGUAAAAUUGGGAUUAUUUUGAAUAAUUUUUCCUAAUGAUAAUAAUAAAACAUUUUACCUGCAAAAGUUGAGAAGAUUGGAUUUGAUCUUCUCGUCACCAUCAACAUUAGUACGUGCAUCCAUCUUUUUAUCAAAGUACAGAUUAAUCUGCGCAGUAGUUAUAGAUGAAUUAGCUACGUAAAUAAAUGUAUAGAGCUCAAUAUGAAGAUAUAGAUUGAAAGCAUUAUUCACUUGCUGAUGAUCAAAAGUUUUUGUUAAAAGCUCCUUUAGCAAACAAAAUUAUAACUCAGUUUUACAGCAUUAUUUUUUAAUCACAAAAUUUCGAUGACCAUAGAAUUGGGAUGGGAGAAGCUUUUUCAAACUCAACCUCGCACUCUUCAGUCACAUGUUUUAUGACCUCGUUUUCCUCUUGUAAUUCUUCAUCUUCACUGAGUUAUUCAGUGUUUUGGGAAGAAUUUCUAAGUUGCUGGUCUCCUGUUUUUCCUUCUCUCUGGUCGCCCUUCUUCUAAGCAUAUCUCUUUUCUUUUUGCCCGGUUAAAAGAUCGGUGAAAAAGAUGAAAGGCCGGUAACCGGGCAAAAAGAAAAGAGAUAUGCUUAGAAGAAGGGCGACCACGAAGAAGGAAAAACAGGAGACCAGCAACUUAGAAAUUCUUCCCCAAAACACUGAAGAACUCAGUGAAGAUGAAGAAUUAGAAGAGGAAAACGAGGAGGUCAUAAAACAUAUGACCGAAGAGUGCGGGGUUGAGUUUGAAAAAGCUUCUCCCAUCCCAAUUCUAUGGUCAUUGAAAUUUUGUGAUUAAAAAAUAAUGCUGUAAAACUGAGUUAUAAUUUUGUUUGCUAAAGGAGCUAUAGAGGAGCGUUU